AUGUGCCUACUUGCUUACCAUCAUCUUCCAAUUAGAGGGCUGCUGCCGCCCAUAGCUUCCAUCAUACUCUUCCGAUCAUUAACAAAAGACUUGACCGGGGGUUUUCCUCCUAGAAUUGCCACCUCCUGGUUUAUAGCUUUGCCAGAUGCUUUAACGUAUGAAAGGACCACUUAUAUUUCCCCACCGCCUCCUUACGUUCCCCCGGAACAGUUGACGUUGUGGGUGGACAUCCCUUAUUCAGCCACCGCUGACGUUUCCGGUCAAGGUUUCAAAUUAAUGGUAACCAAGCACACCGGUUACUGUAUUGAACAUGAUUUGUUCCCUAAUAUUGCUCAUGGCCAGUUUGUCUUGGAUUUUCAUUUUCCAAUCAACUGUUCGCUAAGUUGGUUGAAUGAAUAUCAUAGAGGUGCUACUGGAAUUGCAAGAGUUAGAGAUGGUUUUUGUUUUGUAAAUUCUGUCGAUUAUUUCAGGAUUUGGGAUCUUCAUCGGAUCUUGGCAAUAUUUUUGGGGUUGUAA